AUGCAGUCCUUCGACCAUGACGCGCCCACCGAACCCCUGCCUGCACCCCCCAUGGCGGCCUCCAAUAUGAAAAUCCAGAAGAAUCGAAUGUCGUCGCCGAGUGGCGGCACACCACUUGCACAUUCCGAAGCUACCCUCCCGUAUCGACGAUCACAUCCGUCUGCUGCCUCCUUAUAUGCGUCGACUUUCAGCCCACCAGGCUCCCGGUCCCAAUCUCCCAUAGCCCGCCCUGGGUCGCGAAUUGCAUCAGGUUCGGUCUUCGGCGCAAACUCGAAUAAUGCUCUUGCUCUCGUCGAAGGUGCCGGUGAUGUCCCAGGCGAUCCCCUCAACCUCGUUCUCAGGGCCUUCGUACCCCACAUCGCAGUAUACAGCUCAGAUGAUACCGAAGUGCUAUUGAAGGACAAGGGAUUUGAGCUUGGGCUCUGGGAGCUUCUACGCCCGUUCGGCGAGCGUGUACAGGGCAAGGUCAUAGUCAGGGACAGCAACGGUUCUAGUCGCACAUAUGAGGACUACUCGGUACACUUUGUACGGUUCGGUGAGAAUGUAGAAAACCCCGAACCGGCCACAGGUGGAAUCAAGACAACGCCACAGCCAGCCCACGCAAACGGCACCUCAGAGAAGGGGGAUGCCGCGCGAGGGGCUUCCAAACGAGGAGGCAACCUGGCAGAUGUUGAGGCUGUCGUAGAUCGCCAUCUGACGUAUGCUGAGGAGUCCUUCUUCGGCACUACUGCUGAUGGGUUGUCUCCGCAGCAAGGACCGGGCGUUGACACACCAUCACCAUAUUACGCCUUGUAUCUACGGAGGCUGCUUUCGGGACUACCGAUCACACCACAUGAAACAUUUGCUCAUCCGGUAGCAUGCAUCAUUGCAAUCAGCUCGCGAUGCCUUGCGCCCAUUGAGACGCUGCGGCGACUGUAUAACGAAUCAAGCACUGGAGACAAGAGACUACCAAAUUGGGUUGACUCUGAGUAUUUGAGAUAUUACGUUUUGGUCCACGAUGAAGAACAGGAUGACAUCACAAAGUCCAUGUCGUUAUUUGAACAGAUGAAGCGCAAUCUCGGCCUCCACUGUCAUUUACUACGAAUACGUGGCACACAGAGUGCAGCAACGGACGAUGAUAGCAUACCACUUCCCAGAAGUGAAUGGAUGUCGGCAUCAGAAGAGCUGGCUUCCAUCCGGAGAAGUGAGAGCCAGGAAGCCUUCGAAGACCCGACUCGGUACAUAUUUGAAACCGACGCCACCGCGAUACGUACAUUCAUCAGGGAAAUGGUGACUCAAUCUAUAAUACCCACGAUGGAGCGCCAUGUAUCAGUAUGGAACGACCAAGUUGCCUCAAGGAGGCGAGGCUUAUCGGGGAGGUUCCUGGGUUUGACUCGGAAGUGGGGAUUCGGCAGCACCACUAAAUCCUCGGGAACUGCCUUGAGCUCUGGGGGCAACUAUGAUUCUCUGGGCUUCUAUCGUGCAGACACACCGGAAGCUAUCAUGCGGAAAUUGGCAGACUAUGCGUUCAUGCUUCGAGACUGGAAGUUAGCAUACUCGACCUACGAUCUCCUCAGAUCCGACUUCAACAACGACAAGGCGUGGAGAUACCAUGCUGCCACCAACGAGAUGGCCGCCAUUAGCCUGCUCAUCAUGCCUCAGAACAUCUCAUCCAAAACUCGCAUGGAGACGCUCGAUGCCAUGUUCGAGGCCGCGUUCUACUCCUACAUAACCCGCUGUACUGCUCCUUACGGCGCUCUGCGCUGUCUCGCCAUCGGCCUCGAGCUCCUCCGCCUGCGCGGCGGAUCCAGCAUCGACGACGCCGCAAGGUGGGGUAUCCGCCUGCUCGAGAGCAAGGUUAUGGGCCCCGUAGGCGAUGCCCUCAUCAAGGAGCGCGUUGCGGUCUGCUAUGCGUCUAAGACGGGCAUGGGAUCGCAGUGUUGGGGAAGCCGAAGACGCAAGUCGGCCAUGUGGAGCAUACUUGGGGCCGAGACUUGGCUGACACAACAGAAGUACAUACAAGCGCAGCGGUGUUUGAACGAGGCGCGGAAUAUGUACAGCGAACUGCCGGCGGAGCACGGCAUCGAUAGUUUUUCGCACGCGGGUGCCUUUAUUCUGGGCAUUGGGACGCAGCUGAACCACCAGUUGGACGCAGCCGAUGAUGGUACGGACCGUUCAGAGGAUGAUUCCGAGUCUGAGGUAGACGAGGAAAGCGAGGAACUGACCACGAGAGGUCGGAGGAUUAGCAUCGCGGGUCUUCCGGGAGCUACCACGGCUAAUCUCGAGGCAGCGCCGUUAAGGAGUCAGGUUAGUGGGGAGGGCGAGGAGAUAGAUCCUGGGCGGCCGAAGGAUGACUUUGGGUAA